AUGAACUCAACCAUAGUUCCCUUCUAUCCGCAAGCCCCAGGAAGGACAUACCUUCGCCGCUCUUCCUUGACCAUAGAUUCCUUCGCUACCGCCCUUUCCUCCCUCUCGCCUAUCGAGGACGACAUCGAGCUUCGCCAACUAACAUCCGAUGUCCCAACGGUACCCACCCCUGACCCUUCGUUGACUCCCCAACUGUCUUCCUUGCUACAUGAGACUAACAACGAUACGCCAGAUUUUGGUUCUUGCAUCAUCGGAGCAUUCAAUGCAGACGACAUCGAGUAUGGCCCAAAAACCCUAGAAGACUUUCUUCGCGGCAACAACGCCGUUCAGAGGGCUAUCAACUUCUACCGGUACGUCCAGAUGAAGACAUUCCCGCUCUGUUUGUCAGUUCUUAAGAACACCCUAUCCAUGGUGUUUUAUGGCUAUUUGCUUAUCUGGUUUGUAGACUUGCGCGACCAUUGGCGUAAACUGCAGCUCGAAGACCUCAAGAGCCGCGAAGGUUGGAUUGUUUGGUUGUGCCUUGUCGACGGAAGUUACUGGAUUAUGACUCUCUACAAGUGGAUCCGCGGCAUCCGCCGUUUAAACGGCGCUCCGAUCGAGAAGCACACCUUCCUAGACGUCGGUGAAGAUUUUGAUCCAUUCAUGCCCGGGAAGGCAGAUGCGUUCGACUACGUCCUGCUUAGCAGUUUUGCUGUCGCCGUCCAUCUUUCGUGUGCUAUUCGUAUCCUACUUUGGGUCAAGGACUGGAUGGCAGGUGGCCCAGCUACCGGUAACCCCCAGAAGGAUAUCAUUGUGGGUUGGCUCUAUUUUGCCCUCCUGAUGGGACACCUUUUCACGACGCUUACCAGUUCAGUAGUGCACCUCCGUUACGGCGCCCGCUGGGACAACGCACCCAGUCGUGAUCCCCGUUCGAUUACUCCUCGCGACGAUGACGACCAUGCUCUGCCCUUGUACGAACUCGACGGGUUGCAUCAGCCCCACGAUCACCAGGCACGAGGCCUCUACUCGACCCACGAGGCGCAUCCUGGUAAUAGUCCGUACGGCAACCAUGUCAACGGUUUUGGCUCCACCCAUGAUUUACAUCAUCAAGAACACAACGGUAUCGACAUCUGGGAGGGCAUUCCUCGUGGCCAUUUGUGGUCCCACUCGGUCUCGGGAAAUUCUGUCUCUUCCUAUUUUUCGAUAGGCACCAUCGCCACGCAGAAUACUUAUGACAUGUCACCAUACGCAUCUUGGCGGUGGGAGGGUAAGAUGAAGCUCCAUGUUACUGACCCCUCGCUUUAUUUAUUUUAG